AUGGUGGUGGCAACUUUAUCCAGGAGUGGUGCUAGCUCAGCGGGUUUCUUUAUCAGCUCCGGUGCAUCGGCUUUACGAGUUGUGGUGAUCUCGUAUCUUCCUCUUAUCCGUUUACUUCAGUUCUGUUCAAAUAUGUCUUUGUUACGGUCUCUAUUUCAUUCACUCCGUUCGCUUCCUGCUACACGUAUCAAAGUGGUAGCAGAGCAAUUCCAGGUUGCUGGAGUGAAGACUUUUGGUUAUCCUCUCUUGUGA